CACAACACUUAGUUUUCACUGGAAGGUGUAAAGGAAAGACUUCACUUGUUCAAAGCAGACCUUUUGGAACAAGGCUGAACUUAUCGAUCCUGCGGUCAAGGGGACACUUAACGUUUUGAAUCUUGCACCAAAGCUUCUUCGUUAAAAGGGUUGUUGUCACCUCCUCCAUGGCAGCCGUUGGUUACAAUAGAAAACCACGCACACCUGAUGUUACCGUCGAUGAAACUUGGUUCUCUGAUCCUGAGCUUUGCGAGUCCUCCAAGAUGUGGUAUGUUCUAUCCAAAACUUUGGCGGAAGAUGCCGCUUGGAAACUCGCUAAAGAGAAAGGCUUAGACAUUGUUACUAUUAACCCAGCUAUGGUGAUCGGUCCUCUCCUACAGCCAACUCUGAACACGAGUGCUGCUGCUAUACUUUGAUUGGAUUUCUUUUGAGCCUUUGCCCGUUCUCAAGAUUUGGAUUGUUUUUCUAAUGUUGGGUUAUAUCAAAUACUUUGUUCUGUUUCUUCUUGACAAAAAUAUUUUCCAAUACUAUAUAAUUUGGGAUGUAGAAGUUAUUCAAUGAUUUGGAAAAAAACACAUGUAUUAGU